AUGUCUGCGGGUAGCUUGGACCUUGCAGAGGGAAAUGCCCUGACCAAGUUACAGCCUACUAAAGUGAACAAUUUAAGUAUGAUGGACAAAAAACUGAAUCUCUUGACUGAAAAGAUGGACAAAGUGUUACAUUUCCAAGAAGAUCUGACAGGCAAACUGCAGCGAGUUAACAAAGGCAUUGAUGAAGUAGAAAAAGGCAUUAACAAGCUAACGAUAUCCCGAGCAGCUCCUGAUGAGACAGAUGCAAUGAAAAAAGGCCUAAAGGUAUCGGAUGGUACCCACCAGACUGAUAUCCAGAGCAUAUGCUCAGAAGUGUUGAAAUUGAUGAAAGCUGCCCAGCUAGAUGCCUUGAAGCAUAAGGAGAGGCUGGCAAAGAUAGAGAAAAGGGUUGACACACUGGAUAAAGUUAUUACAUUUGUGGGAGAAGUAUUAAAAAAUUCUAAAGUAGUGGAUUUUAUUCUCAAAGGCAUUGUGCCCUGGAAGAAGGGGAGUCUGCUGGAAAUCCUUGUUGAGGCCAAAGAUAAGCCUGACGAGAGUGGUGCAAAACCUAAGCAUGUGCUUAGUAACAGAGGAACCCAAACUGAAAGCAAGAAGCCUCUGGAAGAGACAAAAAGUGGGAAAAAGCUGGAUGAAAACAAGGGAGAAUGUGAGAAGGUGAAUGCUUCUAGUGCUGUAGCCCACAAAGCUUACUCCAAACCCCAAGCUAAAGAGAAGGCAGUGCAGCAGCAAGCAGUAGAAGGUGCUGGCAAAGCACACAGCUCUAAGAGCUGUCAGCAGCAAAAGGACAUUGGUGUCAAAGCUUUGAAUCAACACAACGGUCUUCCCUUUGUAAAUCAAGAUCAUGUAGACAACCAAAAUGUUCCUGCUAAAGCACACGAUACGGACAGAGUCCCAUGCCUAGAUGAGUGCCACAAACAGCCUGUUCAUCAGAAACUCAGAGAGAAUGAAAACAAACCUCCAUCGUCAAGUGCGGCAUUCCGGGAAGCUGUGCCCUCCACAUCCUGGGCUAUAUCUGACACAGGGUGUGAAGUGACACGUACCAGGAUAUCUAUCAAUGUACAUAUGACAGAAAUGAAAGAAAAGACUAAGAUGACCAAGGAAGAAAACUUAAAUGAUCACAGAAGUAAAAGUCCCAAAGUAAAAUCCCCAUCCUCCACGCCAGCAGAAGUGAAAGGGGUCGAACAGCUGCCUGACAAAGUAAAACUUCAACAGAGUCCUAAAAGCAUCAUCACUGAGCCAAAUCAAGAAGUGAAAGGGGACAAUAAGCAAAUAGGGAAGCAACAGCCGUUGCUGAGCAAGCCCAAACCAGAUAAAAAGGCUGAAGAGAAAUCAGAAUUAAAAUGCAAGCCCAUAACCUCACAGAAUACCUCUGCAAAGGAGCCCACGAAAGAUCUGGGUGUGGAAGUGAAAAUCCAUCAAGAAACAGCAAAAGCUGAAGAAUCCCCGACGGACACCAGUUCUGAGAGGAGAGAAUCUGAGUCUGCAUCUUCAGGGGGAACUGAAAAUGAUGCCCGUCAGUGUACCGGAAUGGCACCAGAGAAGACUAGGUUAUCAGAAGCUAGCAAAGAGCUUCCCACACAGGAUGAAAUGAUCAUUGAUGAUAGCCCUUCUCCUCCAGCUCCCUUCGAACAUCGCAUAGUGAGCGUCAAGCAAACAGAGGUGGCAACCUACUACUCAGUGUGUCGUCAUGAAGUACUGGGGGGGGGGCGUUUUGGGCAAGUUCACAAGUGCACGGAAAUAUCAACUGGUCUCAACCUGGCAGCCAAAAUCAUAAAAGUGAAAGGAGCAAAAGAAAGGGAGGAAGUAAAAAACGAAAUUAAUGUCAUGAACCAAUUAAAUCACGUGAAUCUGAUCCAGCUUUAUGAUGCUUUUGAAGCCAAAAAUAAUAUCACUCUGAUCAUGGAAUAUCUUGAUGGUGGUGAAUUAUUCGACCGGAUCACAGAUGAAACCUACAAUCUAACAGAGUUGGAUGCAAUCCUGUUUACCAAACAGAUCUGUGAAGGAGUCCACUACUUGCACCAGCAUUAUAUUCUCCAUUUAGAUCUGAAGCCUGAGAACAUAUUAUGUGUAAAUCGCACAGGAAACCAGAUUAAAAUUAUUGAUUUUGGAUUAGCAAGGAGGUACAAACCUCGUGAGAAACUGAAGGUUAAUUUUGGAACACCAGAGUUCUUGGCUCCUGAAGUGGUGAACUAUGACUUUGUUUCCUUCCCAACAGACAUGUGGAGUGUAGGCGUCAUCACGUACAUGCUGCUUAGUGGUCUGUCCCCAUUCCUGGGAGAAACUGAUGCUGAAACAAUGAAUUAUGUAGUUAACUGCUGCUGGGAUUUUGAUGCAGAAGCAUUUGAACAGCUAUCGGAGGAAGCUAAAGAUUUUAUUUCCAGACUACUUGUGAAGGAGAAAAGCUGCCGGAUGAGUGCAACGCAGUGUCUGAAGCACGAGUGGUUGAACAAUCUACCUGCCAAGGCCAAGAAGUCCAAGCUUCGCCUUAAGUCCCAGUUGUUGCUGCAGAGUUACAUGGCUCACAGAAAAUGGAAGAAACAUUUUUAUGUGGUGGCUGCUGCUAACAGGCUGAAGAGAUUCCAGAGUAUGUCUGUCAAGCUUGCAUAA